AUGGCCCUCCUCGCUUCCACCUCCAAGCUCGCCUCUGGCGCCAGGCCGGUCGCCGCAUCGCGGAGGACGGCUGUGCGCGUCCAGGCGACCUCGAGGGUGGAUCGCUACAGCAAGAACGACAUCAUUGUGUCACCCUCGAUCCUCUCAGCGGACUUCGCGAAGCUGGGAGAUGAGGUCCGCGCCAUUGACCAGGCCGGCUGUGAGUGGGUGCACAUCGACGUGAUGGACGGCCGCUUUGUGCCCAACAUCACCAUCGGCCCCCUCAUCGUGGAGGCGCUGCGCCCCGUGACCGACAAGGUCCUGGACUGCCACCUGAUGAUUGUGGAGCCGGAGCUGCGCGUGGCGGACUUUGCCAAGGCGGGCGCUGACAUCAUCUCGGUGCACGCGGAGCAGUCGUCCACCAUCCACCUCCACAGGGUGGUCAACCAGGUGCGUACGCGCGCGGCGGCCGCGGCGCGGGCGCUCGCACGGGCGCAGUCGCAGUCGCAGACGCAGAGCGGGUACAGGAUCAAGGACCUGGGUGUGAAGGCGGGCGUGGUGCUCAACCCCGGCACCCCUCUGUCCACCAUCGAGUACGUGCUGGACCAGGUGGACCUGGUGCUCAUCAUGAGCGUCAACCCCGGCUUUGGCGGCCAGUCCUUCAUCGAGAGCCAGGUCGCCAAGAUCCGCGAGCUCAAGAAGCUCUGCCUCGAGAAGGGCGUCAACCCCUGGAUCGAGGUGGACGGCGGCGUGACCCCGGCCAACGCCUGGAAGGUCAUCGACGCGGGCGCCAACGCGCUCGUCGCGGGCUCCGCCGUCUUCAAGGCGCCUUCGUACCGCGACGCCAUCAACGGCAUCAAGGCGAGCAAGAAGCCCGUCGCGGCGGCCGUGGCUUGA